UCCAAUCAUUAAAAUAUAUAUAUUCAACAAAACAAACCUCAAGAAUCCCAAAUAAUUUAUCCAACCUCAUAAAUAUAUUCUUUAUCAUAACUAUGGCUGUAUCGAUCAAAGCACCAAAAGCAUGCAGUGCCAACAAGGCAAAGGCCGCCGAAGUUACAGAAGCCACAAAGGUGUGCAGUGCUCGCGGAAAGAGCUACUGUUUGAUCCAUCGUCGAUACUAUGAAACCAGUUGGUGUCCUGACUGUGACCGUGUAAAUGGUAAAAAGAUAUACAGAAUCCCUAUAUGCACACAAAUAAGAUCUCUUUCUUACGCUCAUACUUCUUUUAUCCAUCUUCCUUUCUAGUUGGCCAUUAAAGACUAAAGAAUGCUUGGCAGAAAAAAUCAAAAGACCUAAAAAAAAACAAAACAAGGAGGUUAUUAACCCAAUAAAAAAUAUUGUAAUUAUUUCAUGUAUCAAUUAUCUAUAAUCCAACUCUCAACCUUACCAAAAAAAAGAAGUACACCUUUUCUUCUUCCUCUUCCUCUUACUAUCCCUAUUCCUCAUCCCACUUUCUCACUUUAUAGUCAUCACCUUAGACCUCUCUUAUUCUUCUUCUUGUUCUCUAUCUAUCUUCUCCCAAUCUUUUUUUUUUAUUUACCAUUAUUAUUCUUGGUCAUUGUUACCCAAAAAUAAAUAAAUCAUGAAAACCCA